GAUAAGGAGGUAUAGGAAGUAUCAUUUUUGACAAUUCGUGCUAUUUUCUUACUAAUCUGCACCUAAAAACGACUAGGUUCACCGUAUCAAAUCCCUGCUUUACAUAUAGGCAAAUAGCGACUCUAUAAAAAGACCUUUUGCAACUCAACGACGACGCCUAUGUGCUGGCUUCUCUUCUCUCUCUCUUCUGUUGGUGGUCUUUAAGAGAAAUUCCUCUUCUCGUUGUCCUCAAUUAUCCUUUUCUCCUCCCCUCUCGCUCUUUCACUCUCUCUCUCUCCCUGUGCAAAACGGUAGAGGAAUGGCGGAGGCUCACGUUCAAAGUGUUCUUCUGUCCGGCAAAAAGAGAAACGGAGGGGACGAAUUCGAUGGUAGCGAUGAUUUCAUCGUGGCGAAGAAAUCUGCGGCGGCGAAGAUGUGGAACGAUGAUCCGGUGGAGGCUCUUGCGAGCACGAGGCAUGAGUUCGGUGAACACGGCGGCGUUAACAUGUCGAUCGAAGCGUCGGCGACAUUUACUGUAAUGGAGCCAGAGACGAUGCGUCGUAUGUUUUCCGGAGAACUUGGUCCCGAUCGUGAUUUCUUCAUUUACAGUCGUCAUUUUAACCCAACCGUUCUCAAUCUCGGCCGUCAGAUGGCCGCCAUGGAAGGAACAGAGGCUGCUUAUUGUACCGCAAGUGGUAUGUCGGCGAUAUCAUCGGUUCUUAUGCAGUUGUGUGGCAGCGGCGAAAACGUGGUGGCUUCUCAACGAUUGUAUGGAGGGACACAUGCGUUGCUGACUCACUUUUUGCCUAGGGCUUGUAACAUAACCACCACAUUCGUGGAUGUUACGGACCUGGACAUGGUGAGGGACGCGAUCGUGGAGGGGAAGACGAAGGUGUUGUACGUGGAGGCUAUGUCCAACCCUACGCUGACGGUUAGUAACAUACCGGAGCUGAGUAGGAUAGCGCACGAUAAGGGAGUGAUGAUGGUGGUGGAUAACACUUUCGCUCCCAUGGUGAUGUCUCCUGCUCGUCUUGGUGCCGACGUUGUGGUCCACAGCAUCUCCAAGUACAUCAGUGGUGGGGCCGAUGUAAUUGCAGGAGCUGUUUGUGGGCCAGCGAGCCUGAUUAACUCCAUGAUGGACCUUCAUCAAGGAGCUCUCAUGCUGCUUGGCCCAACCAUGAAUGCUAAGGUAGCUUUUGAGCUUUCAGAGAGGAUUCCUCACUUGGGUUUGAGAAUGAAGGAACAUUGCCACAGAGCACUAGUCUAUUCUACAAGGAUGAAAAAAUUGGGACUCAAGGUCAUCUACCCGGGUCUUGAAGAACACCCUCAACACAAACUCUUGAAGUCAAUGGCGAACAAGGAAUACGGGUUCGGUGGUAUUCUGUGUGUGGACAUGGAGACUGAGGAGCGGGCCAACCGGUUGAUGCACCAUUUGCAGAACUGCACACAGUUUGGAUUCAUGGCUGUGAGCUUGGGUUACUAUGAGACACUCAUGUCAUGCUCUGGAAGCAGUACUAGUAGCGAGAUGAGUGCCGAGGAGCAGGAGCUGGCUGGUAUCUCCCCGGGUUUAGUGAGGAUGUCGAUUGGGUACAGUGGGACUCUGGAGCAGAGAUGGAGCCAAUUCGAGAAGGCAUUUGGUAGGACCCAAGAUGGUGGGUUAUACAAUUCCAAGAGCUUCUCUUAGGAACAUUUUAUGGAACUAAUAAUAGUUGCUUAGUUAAUGGUGACUUUGUUUUUAAGGGAUUUUCAUGGAUGCUUAAAUUUCUAAAACUGUUGUUUAUGUGAA